AUGACGCACUCCCUAAGCCCGUGCACCGAUGGCAGCCCCUCACUGUGUGGGGUGGCUGUGCCACAGCCCAUUGCUGACAGCUGCAACGAGCCCUGUGUUGUGCAGUGUCCUGAUUCAAGGGUGGUCAUCUACCCUCCACCUGUGGUUGUGACCUUCCCUGGACCCAUCCUCAGCACCUUCCCACAGCAAAGCGUCGUGGGAUCUGCGGGAGCCCCUGAAGUUGGAAGUGGUGUCAGUGGUGCCCCUGCUCCUGGGGGCUCACAUGUGUAUGGUGGUGCCCGGUGGGCACGGGGGUACCCAGUUGGAAGCUGCAGACCAUGCUAA